CUUUAUUAAUGUUGUCUCCAAGAUUUGAGGUGGUUUUUGUUGGGUAAUUUCCAAUUCUGUAUUCUAGUUCAUGUCUAACCCUCACUCUAAGUAAAUAAUCUCCUUCUCUAGAUUCUGUGUCUCAUUUCAGACUAUUCCCUGUAGCCUUUCAUGUCUAAUCUCAAAGACAUGGGGGCUGAAACAGAUAAACAUCAAUGUCUGUCUAUAAUUAUGUUAGGAUAUGUAGCACUUUGAUAAGUACUCCAUUGUGCUAUCACCUUUUAAUGUCUAUUUUUCUGAUAAACUUUGUGAGGAAUAAAUUUAAUUGCCAUCUCAUGGAGAAGGAAAACCAGGGGCAUAGAGGGAGACACAGCUGUUGAAUUUAGAGAGCACAGUCAUUCAGCACGGAGGCUUGGGAAGGCUAGAUAACCUGGGCAAUGGAACUCAAGAUUAAGUUCCUAGGACAGCUGGGAGAUAGAAUGAACCCCAGAGCCUUCAUGGAAAGACACGAACAGAGCACCAUCCAAGCUAUGACUCAGGAAAUUUAAUUAGGAGUCAAAAGGGGAGGGAGCUCUGGCCACAGAAAUUCAAGAGAAGAGAGAUAUCUGUUGGGAAUCUGGGCUCCUAGGAUUCUCUAAAAGACUGCUUAGAAGACACAGCAACUAAGUUCACAUACAUCUGGUCCUGAUGCAUGAAAAUCAUGUAACUCAUCCAGAGAUGUGAAUAUUCCGUCAUUCUGUAGGAUGAGACAAAGGUCAAGCAAGUACAUGCUCUGCCUGUACUCAGGAGGAAUAAACUCAGACCAACCCAAGGCUACGCCCUCAGUCACCCUGUUCCCACCUUCCUCUGAAGAGCUCAAGACUGACAAGGCUACACUGGUGUGUAUGGUGACAGAUUUCUACCCUGGUGUUAUGACAGUGGUCUGGAAGGCAGAUGGUACCCCUAUCACUCAGGGUGUGGAGACUACCCAGCCUUUCAAACAGAACAACAAGUACAUGGCUACCAGCUACCUGCUUUUGACAGCAAAAGCAUGGGAGACUCAUAGCAAUUACAGCUGCCAGGUCACUCACGAAGAGAACACUGUGGAGAAGAGUUUGUCCCGUGCUGAGUGUUCCUAGGUCAUCUGACUUUCAUCUUACCCACAGAGACUUGGAUCAGAAACAUGUCCAAGUGUACCUAUACUGCUUUUGCCUACCAUAGCCCUUCUCCCUAUUCUCAAAAUGCACAAUAAAAUGUCUAUUCACAACCUCUAA